AUGUCGACAACGACAACCACCACGACCACGGCUCCUUCGCAGCGGAUCACUGCUGGUAAUAUACUUCAGCUUUUUCCUGAUAUUGACACCAGGCUUGCCGAGUCCACUCGUGCUCAGGCGCGUGACAAUGAUCUUGAGGGUUACGAUGAGGAACAAAUUAGACUGAUGGAGGAGGUCUGUAUCGUCCUGGACGAGAACGAUGUGCCAAUUGGAAGCGCAAGCAAGAAAAUUUGUCAUUUGAUGAAGAACAUCGACAUGGGCCUCCUUCACCGUGCCUUCUCCGUCUUCUUGUUUGAUUCUGAGAACCGACUACUCCUUCAGCAGCGGGCAUCUGAAAAAAUCACCUUCCCCGAUAUGUGGACAAACACGUGCUGCUCGCACCCCUUAGGUAUUCCUGGUGAGACUGGUGCUGAGCUAGAUGCUGCGAUUCUCGGGGUCAAGCGCGCGGCUCAGCGAAAGCUGAACCAAGAACUUGGCAUCAAGGCGGAGCAGGUUCCGUUGGAGAAAUUUGAUUUUCUCACCCGUAUACAUUACAAGGCUCCUAGCGACGGAAAAUGGGGCGAGCACGAGAUCGACUAUAUCCUUUUCAUCAAGACCAAUGUUGAUCUUGAUAUCAACCCCAAUGAAGUACGCGACACCUGUUAUGUAUCUGCGCAGAAGCUGAAGGACAUGUUCGCCGAUUCGAGUCUCAAGUUCACUCCUUGGUUCAAGCUCAUCUGCGAGACAAUGCUAUUCGAGUGGUGGGAGCAUCUCGACCAGGGCCUUGAUAAGUACAAAGGCGAAAAGGAGAUUCGACGCAUGUAG